CUUAGCCAACAUCCCGUUGACUCCAGAGACCCAGCGGGACCAGGAGCGUCGGAUACGCAGGGAAAUUGCCAACAGCAACGAGAGACGGCGGAUGCAGAGCAUCAAUGCUGGCUUCCAGUCCCUGAAAACCCUCAUCCCACACACGGAUGGGGAGAAGCUCAGCAAGGCAGCCAUCCUCCAGCAAACAGCUGAGUACAUCUUCUCCCUGGAGCAGGAAAAGACUCGGCUACUGCAGCAGAACACCCAACUCAAGCGGUUCAUUCAGGAAUUCAGGGGCGCCUCCCCGAAACGGCGACGGGCGGAGGACAAAGACGAGGGGAUUGGCUCGCCGGACAUCUGGGAAGAUGAGAAGGCUGAGGAUCUGCGUCGGGAGAUGAUCGAGCUCCGGCAGCAGCUGGACAAGGAGCGCUCAGUCCGCAUGAUGCUGGAGGAGCAGGUUCGCUCCCUGGAGGCCCAUAUGUACCCCGAGAAGCUGAAGGUGAUUGCUCAGCAGGUGCAGCUCCAGCAGCAGCAGGAACAGGUGAGGUUGCUGCACCAGGAGAAGUUAGAGCGUGAGCAGCAGAUCCGAACCCAGCUCCUGCCAUCACAUGCUCCCCCAGCACCCACCCACCACCCUACGGUGAUCGUUCCAGCGCCACCUCCCUCCCAUCACGUCACUGUGGUCACCAUGGGCCCGUCCUCAGUCAUCAACACAGUCUCCACGUCCCGGCAGAACCUGGACACCAUCGUUCAGGCGAUCCAGCACAUCGAGGGGACACAGGAGAAGCAGCUGCAGGAAGAGGAGCAGAGACGCGCUGUCAUCGUGACGCCGGCACGCGCCUGCCCCGAGCCCUCCACCUCCGACACUGCCUCCGAC